AUCUUGCCGCCGCCAAAGCCGUUGGAUACAUCGGGCAACACCUGGCUUACAUGGAAAACUUGGAAGAGUGAGUUUACGCUAUUUUCCACUGCUACCCAGUUGACAAAACAAGCGAAAGAAGUGCAAGCAGCCACGUUGCUAGUGAUUAUUGGCGAAGAGGCAAGGAAGGUAUACAGCACCUUCACGUUUGAGGCUGAAGAGGACAAAAAUAACGUAGACGUCCUAAUUGCCAAGUUUGAAGAGUUCUACAAACCGGAGACAAACUUGACCUAUCAUGAAUUUCUAUUUGGGUCCAAAAACCAAAGGGAAGGCGAACCUUUCAAUGAGUGGCUGACGGAGCUACGAAUGUUAGCCACAAACUGUGAAUUUGGUGUAAUGGAAGACCGGAUGCUGCGUAGUCGUAUUAUUCUGGGUAUUCGAGACAAGAACCUGCAGCAGAAAUUGAUUGCGGAAAACCCUUCGUACAAAAAGACUGUCGAGAUUUGUCGCACGCAAGAGCAAGGGAAACAGCAGUUUCUUGAAAUCUGCGAAGCCGCGGAGACAGCGCAGGACACGGCAGUUAACGCAGUGGCAAAGAAAGGGGAUGCAUGCGGCAGCUGCGGCUAUCGCGCACACCGUGGCGAAAGAUGCCCCGCCACCGGUAGAAGAUGCAAUAAGUGCGGAGGGCUUAACCACUUUGCCCGAGCAUGCAAAUCGGCACCGCCUUCCCGAUCCUUUCCCCACAAGAAGAAAGAACUACGGGAAUUAUGCGCAGACGCCGACGACGAUUUUUUUUCGCAAACGUUAACGGUGAGCACGCUCAACACAGACCACUGGACCGCGACAGUGGACAUUGAAGGACAACCCAUGCCUUGCAAAUUAGACACGGAGGCGAAUUGUUGUGUCAUUUCAAGGAGGGACGUCGCAAAGCUACCGGAUCUACCAGAGCAGGCUUGCCGAGUCGCGCUAACAUCAUUUUUCGGCCACAAGGCAACCGCCCAAGCAAAAGUGCGCCUGCGGCUUUCAGCCAAUGAGAGGGUGGUCCUCGAAACAUUUUACAUCAUAGAGCAAAGUGUACCAGUGACUUUGAGCGGUUCAGCAGCCGAACGCCUUGAAUUUAUCCGCCGGGUACAGCACAUAGAUGUCGAUCAACUUUACCCGCCGGCACCACCCUUUGCAGAUGUCUUCACAGGACUGGGGGAGCUCAAGGACUACGAGUACGAGAUAAAACUCAAGCCCGGCGCCGUGGGUGUCGUCGUACCGGCUCGGAGAAUCCCCGUGGCCCUGGAGGACAAGACUAGGGCGGAACUUCAGCGUAUGGAGGAUCAAGGCGUCAUAAGAAAGAGACUGAUGGGAAGGCAGACGAGGACCCUGCUGCCCUAG